ACUGUGCCAUUAGGGCGAAUUUUUGUUAGAACUUUUCGAUGACACAUUUGUUUGGGGAUGUAACCCAAAAAAAUAAAAAAAUAUAUACAUUUGAGUUUGACAGUUCAAUAGAUCAGUAAUUUGUCAUAAUUAUAAUUAAUAAACUGAAGAAUUACAAUGGAGCGUAAUCUGGAAACUACAAUGGAAGAUGCAGUAAAAACAGUAGGAAUAACAGGGUGUAUUUUGACCGAUAAAUCUGGGCUCUGCCUUGGAGCAAAAGGAAAUAUAUCUCCAGACAGCGCAGGAAUCAUAGCUGCUAUUGCCAAUCAAGCUGCGAAAUUAGAUUCUGAAGAUGCUCCUAUCAUUUCUCUUCAAAGUGACUCAAGACAAUUUUUAAUUCAUCGACAUGGUCCAGUAAUAGGAGCUAUAUUUAAAAAUAUCCCUCAAUGAAAAUCAACGUACGUUCUUGAGUUAUCAAAUUUUACGAUGGAUUUUUAAAUUUAAAAAUUUUAAUUUUUAUAUUGAAAAGAAAAAAAAUGGAAUUAUUUGUAUUGUGAUAAGUAAUAUAUACAUAUAUAUUUGUACAUAUGUUAAAACAAAAAUUACUACAUUUAAUAAUAAUGCUUGAUAGAUGUAUAGUAUUUAAUAAAUUGAAUCAUUUAAAAUGUUGAAAUAACGUUCGUCGAAUUUUAAAACUUCGAUACGCAAAAAAAUAUUGGAAACUUAAAAUGAAGAUUUUUUAGCGUUUUCUAGAAAUUAAAGGGCUAAAACUUUCGCAUUUUUAAGAAUUUCAAUUCAUCCGAGAAACACCAUUUUUAAAUUCUCAUUUAAUUAAAAUAUAUAUAAGAAGAGAUACCCAAUACCCGAUCAGGGAACUAGUACUCGAUAACUUAUAUUAAUAUAUAUUUAGUACAUACAUAUAUACUAAUACAUGGAGUGGUCGAGUAUUAGUUCCUUGAUUGGGUACUAGGCCUCACUUUACAUAUUUAAUUAUAUUAUUUUGUUUAUAACUUUUUAAAAAAUUCAAAACAUAAAUCUAAAAUUAUAAAAUAAUAGUAAAAUAAAAGUAAUGAUUGAAAACUAACAUAUUAAUAAUAAUAAUAAUUGUAUUA